GAUUGCAUUGCAGCUCACCGAUAUAAAUACCGUACGGGUGUCCACGGGCUGGGGCCAACACCUCUAGCGAUCGAGAAUCAGUCCGAUCGAGAGAUCACUCGGUCGGCCACUCCGACUGACUAGCUACCAUGGAGGUCGAGACUCCCCCAGCAGUACUGAGCCGCGCGCAGGCGCAGCAGCAAGCGUGCAAGAACAUCAGCAGCUCCAACAACAAGCAGCUCCCGAGCGCCGGCGCCACCAGUAACAACAAGCAGCUCCACCACAUGUACAGCCCUCUCUUCGUCGUCAACUUCCUCCUCAUGGUGGUCGGCUCGGCGUGCGGCCCGCUGCUCCUCCGCGCCUACUUCCUCCACGGCGGCAACCGCAAGUGGCUCUCCAGCCUCCUCCAGACCGCCGGCUGGCCUCUCCUGCUGCCCGCGCUCGGCUUCUCCUUCGUCUCGCGCCGCCGCAGACGGAAAGCCACCAAGGGCGCCACGGCGGCGCCGCUCUUCCUCAUGUCGCCCCGCCUCCUGGCGGCCACGGUGGCAGUGGGAUUCAUGACGGGGCUGGACGACCUGCUCUACGCCUACGGGCUCGCCUACCUCCCGGUCUCCACGUCCUCCAUCCUCAUCUCCACGCAGCUGGUCUUCACGGCCGCCUUCGCGCUGCUGCUCGUGCGCCAGCGGUUCACGGCGUUCUCGGUGAACGCCGUGGUGCUGCUCAGCGUGGGCGCCGCCAUGCUGGGCAUGAACGCCGGAGGGGACCGGCCGGCCGGGGUGACGAAGGGGCAGUACGUCGCCGGGUUCGCCAUGACGCUCGGCGCCGCGGCGCUCUACGGGCUCGUGCUCCCCGUCAUGGAGCUUAGCCAGGCGCGCCACGCGGCGCGCUACGGCCGGCCCGUCACGUACGCGCUCGUCAUGGAGAUGCAGGCCGUCAUCGGGCUCACCGCCACCGCGUUCAGCGCCGUCGGCAUGCUCGUCAACAACGAUUUCCAAGCAAUCCCAGGAGAAGCCCGGGAGUUUGGGCUCGGCCAGGUGGGCUACUACCUGCUGCUGGCCGGUUCGGCCACCGUUUACCAGUUCUUCUUCCUCGGCACGAUCGGCGCCAUCUUCUACGGCUCGGCGCUGCUCGCCGGCGUCAUCAUGACCGUGCUGAUCCCGGUGACCGAGGUUCUCGCCGUCAUGUUCUUCCACGAGCCCUUCAACGGCACCAAAGGCAUCGCCCUCGCGCUCUCCCUCUGGGGCUUCGUCUCCUACUUAUACGGCGAGGUCCGGGCCAAGGCGCACAAGUCAGAGUCAGACAAGCCCCCGAACACGGUCCACACGGAGCAUCUUGAUCCUUAGAUGAUCAACAUCUGUAUUCAGCUGAUGUGUACUUCCAUUGAUCUUCAUUUUAACACUCAGAAAAUAAGUAGGCAACAUAUAUCCCGAAUCAAAGAAAAAACAUGCAUGGGACGAAAUAUAUAUGUGAGUACUGAUAUCAUAUCAUGUAAGGCAGAGAGAAAGAUAUGAUCGAUGUUCCAGACA